AUGGUUCUCGACAUGCAGGACGUGCUCGAGCGCUUCGCGUUCGACACCGUCUGCAUGAUCUCCUUCGGCCACGACCCGUGCUCCCUCGCCGACGACGGGGUCUUGCCAGACGGCAAGUCAGACUUCAUGCGCGCCUUCGUCGAGGCGCAGGACCUCACCGUUAAACGCUGGCUCGAGGUCACCUGGAAGAUCAAGAGGUGGCUCGACAUCGGCAAAGAGCGCCGCCUGAGGAAGGCCAUCGCCGAUGUACACGGGUUCGCCAUGGACAUCGUCCGCACCCGCCGUCAAAGCUCGUCUGGGAAUAACAGAGAUGACCUUCUUUCAAGGCUCGUGGCGAGCGGCGAUCACGGCGAUGAGGCGCUCCGGGACAUCGUCCUCAGCUUCCUGCUAGCCGGCCGCGAGACGACGUCCUCGGCUCUGACGUGGUUCUUCUGGCUCGUCUCUUCCCGGCCGGACGUUGUCGCGCGCAUCGCCGACGAGGUCCGCUCGGUUCGGUCCACAACGGGCACCCGCCCUGGCGAUCCGUUCACGUUCGACGCACUCCGGAGCAUGCAGUACCUGCACGCCGCGCUCACCGAGUCGAUGAGGCUCUACCCACCGGUGGCGAUCGACUCCUCCGAGACAUGUGCGGCGGAUGACACGCUCCCCGAUGGCACGCACGUCGGUGCAGGAUGGUCCAUCACAUACAGCGCAUACGCCAUGGGGCGGCUCGCCACGAUAUGGGGCACGGACUGCGCCGAGUUCAAGCCCGAGCGGUGGCUCGACGACCAUGGGGCUUUCCGGCCGGUGAGCCCGUUCCUAUACGCGGUGUUCCACGCCGGACCCAGGACGCGCCUUGGGAAGGAGAUGGCAUACGUGCAGAUGAAGUCCAUUGUCGCCGGUGUUCUCGAAGAAUUCGUGGUCGACGUCACCGGCAGUGGCGUGCCGGAGCACGCGCUUUCGAUAACCCUGAGGAUGAAGGGUGGCUUGCCUGUCCAAAUAAGCACAUGGCUGGAAGUCUAGGACGACCAGCAAGCUGCCCCGCUGCCCGGCUGGAAGCGAGCGGCCACCGAUUCAUUUCAGUCGUGAGAAUGGCAACAACGGAGACAACACAAACCCAAUGGUGCCCUUGCAAAAAAAAAAGAAAAAAAAGUCUGUAAUGCAUGUGUUUUAAGGCCAAUUUGAAAGGAGCUUUGCUACACUUCACUCA